GAACAAACCUGCACUUUUAUCAGAUCUGCUUUAAUCUGAGAGGAUAAUAAAUAAACGCCUUGUUGUUUCAUCUGCAGGAUCAGAACCUGCACUGACCGAGCUUUUAUUUUAUUUAGGAAUUUCAUCCAGGACUUUUCUCACUAUUCGUCUGAUGAUGGUGUAUCAAUCGGAGCGCGCCCCGCUCUCCCGUAUCCUGCCUCAGCUUUACCUCGGGGCUGAGAGUGACAUCACACAGGACUGCCUGUCGGCGCGGGGGAUCUCCUACGUGCUGAGCGUGAGCCGAUGCUGCCCGCAGCCCUCAUUCCUGCCUCAGUCUCAGUACCUGCGCAUCCCCAUCGACGAUUCGCUGAAGGACGACCUGCUUCCCUGGAUUCCCCAGGCGCUGCGUUUCAUCGACGGCGCCAUGUCUCUCGGCUGCUCGGUCAUCGUCCACUGCGCAGCAGGAAUCUCCCGCUCACCGGCUCUCGCUGUCGCUUACAUCAUGUACAGCCUGGAAAUGGAUCUCGAUCACGCUUACAGGUUCGUGAAAGAGCGCAGACCUACAAUUUCCCCCAACUUCAACUUUCUGGGUCAGCUGCAGCUUUUCCAGGGCACGCUUCCUCUGAACAGUAACUCCACCCCAGUCACCAAGCAGCCCACAUGUGUGAACACCAAUUCUUCUACAGGACUCUCAACCAGCACCGAGAAACAAAACCCAACCACUGACAACAACAACAAGGGUGGUUCAACCCACGAGAACAAAAACCUCCACUCUGACACCUACAAAACAAAGCCAGAGUUCACGUUAUCCCUCUCAGACAAGCUCCGAAAUCUGAGUCUUAACAUCGAACCUAUAAAGCUGCAGGAACCCUCCAGCGCGGCACCACUGUCUCCACAGAACCUUCAAACUCCCACACCACAGAAACCAACUCACCUUCAGCUUCCAUCUCUACUGGUAAAGCGUAAAAGCCUGACUCUGUCCCUGACGCCGCAAACAAGUCCACAAACAAGCCCCGCAGACGCCCCCCACCAGAAGAGCACAACACACACCAACAACAACCUAAAUCUGAAUGCCAGCGGCUCCCCUGCUGACCAGAAAGUCGAGCGAAAAAUCACAGGAAAUCACACAAGUCACUUCGUUUCACCUGCAGAACCAAACACAAGCAGAGAGGCGUCCACAAGGUGCAGCAAGUCACGAUCCCAAAAAAGAAGGAGCGACAGCCAGAACGGUUGUUCCUCCGCUUCUCACAGGGGUAAAGAGGAGCAGACCAAACCCAAACGAGAGAGGAGGAAAAAGAGGAGCUCGGCACAAAGCACGUGCGUUUCCACGCCUGACCGGCGGGCGGCACCAGGAACAGAGCUGACGGGAGGAGCGGUGGAGGCCGACGAGGCCAGCGCUGGUGAUCAGAGCCCGCUGUCGCCCAUCAACGUUACCGUCAACAGACUGCUGGGCUGGGGGGAGCGCAUGCUGCUCGGGGUCCUCCUGGGCCCCCAUAUCAAAGUGGGACAGGCGUCCCUGCCGUACAGAUGCUGAAGAAAGACUCUUUAUUUUAGGAAACGAGCCAGACUUCUGCGAGCAAAGCAAACAGAGAAUUUCACCAUUAAAGGAAUUCAUACGUUUUCAAAAUAGUUUUCUGUAUUCACUGCAUCUGUUACAUACGUUCAACUACCAAGAACAACAUUGAAAAGAAAACAUGU